AUGGAUUCGGAUUCGGGCCAGGCGUCUACCGCUGGCAGCACUACAACACCCCAUCAUCAUCAACGCGUGGAAGACGAUGCGGACGCUCAGCGACUGGCAAUUCAACGAGAGCUGGAAGACAAGCUACGAGGACAUCAAGACUACGUGGCUUCCCUUCAAGGCCAACAGCCAAACGCGCGGCAGAGCCAGAGUAGCGCUCAGGCUGGUACCGCUCUAUCCGAUCCCGCUUCCAAAUCGGUCCACAAUAAUGCCCGCAACACGGCAGUCCGGCCUGAAGAUUCAGCGCCGCAGGACGAGGUCCCAUCUUCGGCAUCUCAACCGACAGCGACAGGAGGCAUGCCUCAACCAGUAACUCGGAAUGGCCAGAUGGCAAAUGAGCAGCACCUGGAACCAGAUGUGCGUUUCACCUCACCCAGGGGAGGCGCUGAUGGAGGCGUCACGGGGGCUUGUCUGAUUGCGAUUCUGUAGGAGCUUGACAGCGACUCAGCUCUUGGUAGCGAUGCGUAUGCGCCCAUGCCCUGUCCGACCUUGGCCGUCAUCAUGCUGACCGGUACCCGCAGAUCAAGCCGAACGACCAGCUUGAGUGAAUCCAUAUACAAUCAUCGCAAAGAACACGGUCGAACGUACCAUGGUCGGUAUUCGUAAGCUACGCUAAAUCUCCAUGCGGCUGACAAUUGAACCAGCAUACAAAGAUGGCAAGUAUAUCUUCCCCAAUGAUGAAGUAUGCCAAGCGUCGGACUGUCUGCUGCCUUAGAUCUCAAUGGGAACUGACCAAGCCUAGCGUGAGGCCGAUCGUCUCGACCUACAACACCACCUAUUUCGGAUAACUUACGCCUACAAGCUGUUCUUUGCGCCACUGCAGAAUCCGAGACGAUGUCUGGACGUAGGCACUGGAACUGGAAUCUGGGCGGUCGAUUUGGCCGAUGACUUUCCAGACUGCCAAGUCACGGGAAUCGACCUCAGUCCUGGACAGCCCACCAUGGUACCACCAAACGUGAAGUUUGUCAUUGAUGACGCCGAGGAUGACUGGCUGUAUGAGGAGAAGUUUGACUUCAUUCAUGCGCGACUCAUGGCAGGUUGCUUCGCAGACUGGCCAUCACUCCUGCAGAAGGCAUUCGAUAACCUUGAAGAAGGCGGCUGGCUCGAACUCCAGGACUAUGGUCUGCCUGUAAAGUCAUUCGACCAGAGCCACAUAGGAACUGACCUGCUUCGAUGGGGCGAACUGCUUUGUGAAGCAGCUCGCAAGCUCGGCAGACCUAUGGGCUCCGACGUCAGUACAAAAUACGAGGAAUGGAUGCGUGAUGCGGGAUUUGUCGAUAUUCAACAGAAGAUGUUCAUGUGGCCUUCCAAUUCAUGGCCCAAGGACCCUUUCAUGAAGGAACUCGGAAGGUGGAAUCAAGUCAACAUCAUCGAGGGCUUGGAGGGGUUCUGCAUGGCGCUAUUAACGAGAGGCCUGGGUUGGAGUAAGGAAGAAGUGGACGUGUUUGUUGCCAAGAUCGCAGCGGAUCUCAGGAAUAAGAAGAUCCACGCGUACUUCCCAAUGCCGGUGACGUUCGGGAGGAAGCCGUUUCGUGGGGAGGUUGCUUUCCAGUCUUGA